AUGAUUUCCAAACGCGUUUUCGACCUUUGUCAAGUCCAUGAGACCGUAAGCUCUGCUCUGGCGAAAGACCCGUCUCAAGCUCCAGGAGAUAUCGUCAAACGGCUAUAUGGCCAGGAGGAUGCUGGACAACGUACCGAUGCUUCUGAUACGAAUAAGCCAGCGGCAUCAGUCAAUCCACUGGAACUAGCUCUCAAAUGUGGGCGAUGGGGCCCAACAGAGCCGAGCACCCUCUUUCUGCAAGCCUUUGCUGAUGCACUGAGCUGCCUCGACAGUAAUCCCAUGGCAGGGGUAGUCUCGCCUCCGUUGAUGGGAUCGCAUGGUAUAGUGCCUCUCACGAUUGUCGCACCUCUACAAGACAUCGUUCGCCACUGCUCCAAUCUCAUUGUCCGCGCAGAGAAAGAGGUUUUCUUCAUUACAUGCUCUUGGUCGCCAUCGGUGGCACAGAGACUCAUCAAAAAUGCUCUGAUUGAGCUUUCAAAGCGCGCGGAAAGGCGAGGACAACGAGUCAUGGUGAAGAUCAUGUAUGACAAGCCUUCCUUUGGGAACAUCUUCAGCCCUCAUCAGCGGGUGAAACCGAAGACCUUUACAUCCCACUCUAUUCAGCUUCCGUCGCCUGAAGAGGUGCCGUUUCUUGACAUGGAGGUUAUUAGCCUACACAGAUUGGUACUGGGGACCCUACACGCCAAAUUCUGCAUCGUUGAUCGCAAGAUCGCGGCCGUCAUGAGCAACAACAUCGAGGACAAUGACAACAUGGAAAUGAUGACACACCUCGAAGGGCCUGUGGUUGAGAGCAUCUACGACACUGCAUUGAUCACUUGGAACAAUCCACUGGUCGCAAAACCACCAUCACCCGACAGCCCGGUGACCGAGGGCGGUUCGUCAGCUUCCACACAAGACCUCCGGCGUCUCGGGAUACUCGAUCACGAACAGAGGCAUAAUGGGAGCCAGAUCAUGUCACAAGAUGGAACCUGCCCAGAACUACCAGAAAAUACUCCUGAGAGUCCCCAUUACGGUGAUGAUAUUGCUGGAGAGAUUGCAAGAAUGCAGUCAUUUUACUCCAAUAAAACAGACGAGACCCGGCUACAAGCGACAAACCGACUGCUCAACCUAGCAGUUAAGAAUCCUAUUCAACCAACAGGCCCCGACAUCCAGGAUGGGGACGAAAUGACACCAUACAUCGAGACAUUCACUACAGAGCCCGUUCCAAUAGCCCUUGUGUGUCGACCUCCCUAUGGCCCUAUAAACUCGAAGAGUUUGCAUGUCCCUCAGAACGAGGCUUGGCUUUCUCUAAUUCGGAAUGCCAGGAGGGAGAUCUUCAUCCAGACGCCAGAUCUUAAUGCUGGACCGCUGAUCACAGCUUUGGCUGAUGCUCUGAAGCGUGGCGUUGAGGUUACGUACUACGUUUGCUGGGGAUAUAAUGACACAGGAGAGAUGGUUCCCGGUCAAGGCGGAACUAACGAGCAAGCGGCGCGAGCUCUUAUCAAUGGCCUUCCACCGACCGGACCUGAACGUGAAAUUUUACACAUUUACCACUAUGUCGGGAAGGAUCAAGACCAUCCAAUCCAUAACUCGUUUAAAUCCCGAUCUUGUCAUGUCAAACUACUGAUCGCGGAUGGAGUGGUUGGCAUUCAAGGCAGUGGGAAUCAAGAUACACAAUCAUGGUUUCAUAGCCAGGAGGUUAACAUCAUGGUAGAUAGCUAUGCGAUCUGUCAGAAGUGGAGAAAGGCUAUUGACCAAAACCAGAAUACGAGGGUAUUUGGUCGGGUUAUUAUAUAA